AUGUGCUCAGGAAGAGUGGAGAUCCUUUACAAUUCCACCUGGGGGACGGUCUGUAAUGAUGGAUGGGAUCUCACCAACGGAGAUGUUGUCUGCAGACAGCUGAACUGUGGGAAGGCCAAGUCGGUAACUGGGCCUUAUCGUGGACAAGGGGAUGGUGAGAUGUGGUUGGGUGGUGUGCGAUGCAGUGGGACAGAAUCUGCCCUUGACCGGUGCCUUGCAAACCCCUUCAAGAGCAGUAACUGUUCACAUACUCAGGAUGCUGGCGUCAGUUGCUCAGGUCCAGUUCCUGUACGGCUAGUGAAUGGUACCAGUAUAUGCUCUGGCAGAGUUGAGAUCUAUCAUCGCUUCAACUGGGGAACUCUCUGUGCUAGUGGCUGGGACAUAAAUGCAGCGAAUGUGGUCUGCAGAGUGUUGAACUGUGGGAGGGCCCUGUCAGCACUCUCAGGAGGUGACUAUGGAGAGGGGACUGGGAAGAAAUGGUUCUAUAAUAUGACAUGUCUUGGAACAGAGUCUGCCCUCAGUCAGUGCUCUGCUAAUCCACGAGAUGUGAAUAAUUGCAUCGACAGGGAGAAAGCUGGAGUGACCUGUUCAGGUCCUGUGCCCUUGCGCUUGGUGAAUGGUACUAACAUUUGUUCUGGAAGAGUUGAGGUCUAUCAUAACUCCAUCUGGGGAACCAUUUGUGACAAUGGAUGGGACGUAAAUGCAGCAAACGUAGUCUGCAGAGUGUUGAACUGUGGUGCAGCCUUGUCGGCACAGAUUGGAGCCUACUACGGAGAGGGGACUGGGGACAUUUGGGUUUUGGGAGUGAAAUGUCUUGGGACCGAACCUUCCCUCGAUCAAUGCUCUGUCAGUUCCUUGCAGAACUGCACGCACAGCCAAGAUGCUGGAGUGAUCUGUUCGGGUGAGUAGGGACGCGUACCUGUACGGCUAGUGAACGGUACCAACAUGUGUUCUGGGAGAGUUGAGGUGUAUCGUAAGUCCAUGUGGGGAACUGUUUGUGGCAACAGCUGGGAUGUAAACGCAGCGAAUGUGGUCUGCAGAGUGUUGAACUGUGGGACGGCCCUGUCAGCAUCAAUAGGAACCUACUAUGGACAGGGGACUGGAGACAUUUGGUUGGCUGAUAUAAGCUGUAAUGGGACAGAAUCUGCCCUCGAUCAGUGUCCUGUUAACUCACAAGAGAGGAAUAACUGCACACAUGGCCAGGAUGCUGGAGUUACCUGUUCAGGUCCGAUACCUGUCCGGCUGGUGGAUGGUUCCACCACGUGUUCUGGGAGAGUUGAAGUCUAUCGUAACUCCAUCUGGGGAACCAUCUGUGACAACGGCUGGAAUUUAAAUGCAGCAAGUGUGGUCUGCAGUGUGUUGAACUGUGGGAAGUCCUUGUCAGCAACAAGAAGCGCUUACUUUGGAGAAGGGAGCGGGGUCAUCUUGUUGGAUAAUGUCCAAUACCUGUACGACUAG